AUGGGAAAGUCCUGGAAAGAUACAAGGCUGAGAUUGUAUGAUGAUUACUACGAGCCAACACUGUCGACUGAAGAAAAUAUCGAGAACCAUCCACCAGGAAUUGAUCGAGAUCACUGGAGAUGGUACCUUGAUUAUCGCACUAAACCUGAGACGAAGUCAGAACAAGAAGGAAGGAUAGUCAGUAGAGGAGAGUUGUGGGUCAAGGUUCACAAAAGAAGGGAUGGCUCUUAUAUUAAUGAUGAGGCGAGAGAAAUUGGUGAAAGACUUCUGGAGAUUGAGCAACAAGAUGAAACUUCUAGAGUCUUGUCUCAAAAUGAUUCCCUUGCUCAGGUUUUUGGAAGAGAGAAACCGGGUAGAGUGCGUGGAAUGGGUAUUGGACCGACUCCCAGUCAACUCUUUGGUACAAAUUUGCAACCAUCAGUAAACAGAGUCCUAGAAGAGGAGACGCAAAGGAAGCUGAAUGAACUACAGACAGAACUGGAAGCCGAGAAGUUGAAAAGGAAGGCGAUGGAAGAUGAAGCAGCAGCAGACAAGAAAAGGAUAAAGGAUGUGGCAUACCAGUUAGACCUCUCCAUAGACGGAGAGUAUGUUAGUGGAUAUCUGACAGACUUCAAGCAGUACAUUGACAGUGGCUAA